AUGCAGUCUUAUAAUGUUCUCGAUGUAUGGAUGGAAACGCUUGUUUAUUUCGACCCCAUUGAUCGCCAGCCCCAGAAUAAGCUAGUCCGUUGUAUUUUCAACGAUUUCUUGUUGGUAGUAGGUUUGUCGCCGCUUGCCGUGGGUUUUAUUGUGGGUUGGGUCUUCUGGGCAAUUACGGCUAUCGUUGUGUUUCCUCUUUUCAUAGCAGCUGUGGGUAUGAUGCUCGUCUCAGAUGCUAUUGCUGUUUCUUUGGAAAAUUUCUAUCGCGCAAUCAAGCGCUGGAUUUUGAGAAUCUGGUGCAGAAUUUUUGGCAACCGCAAAAAUUCGACAAAAUAUCAGCUGCCUACAACAAACACUCCACAAACAAAUGUUGCUACAAAAGAAUCUCCAUUAUCUAGUUUGGCUCCGUCCGUUUUUAUCGACACUAAGAACGACGAAAGAGAGUUCGCACUUCACAGUAAUCCUGUGACAACAAUGAAAUACACUCCGUCUAAUUCAACCCCGGUAUUUCCUUCUCCAUGCGCUGAAAUCGGAGGUCGCUCUAGAGAGAGAAAUUCACAAGCUACGGUCUUUCCUUCUCCUCCUCCUCCAUAUAGUUAA